GGAUAUCCUGUCGAGAUCCAAGUCAACCACUUGCUGCAUUGCCUCAAUCUCCUCCGGCAAGGCCAAUGGUACAACAUCGACUACUACCGCAAACAUGGCGUAUCAUUUGGCCCGAGCCAAUGGAAUGCGGUCGAAAACCACACCAUUAUCGAAGCCCACUCUGCCCAUUGUGUCGAACAGCUGAGGCAGUACGUCAUGUGCGAUACGGAUAUCCGUGUGGUCCCAUAUGGGGAUCUCGACCCGAAUGAGGACGGUCCGCAGCCGAUUUUCGGACAGCAGAAGCAAUGUCGGAACUUUGACUCUUACUGGCGUUGGUUUCAGAAAAAUCAG